AUUGUCAAAUUCAAUUUAUGGAACUGUCAUUUGGUUUUUGUUUCGAUUUUGUAGUGAAAUCUAUGAAACUAAAUCUGCUUUCAUCUUGAGUUUGUGAAGUGAUAAAAUAUUAAAAAAUGGCUCUGUUCCCCGGAGCGGUAGCCUUUGACGAGUAUGGUCGUCCAUUUAUCAUUUUGAGGGACCAAGAUAGGCAGAAACGGCUUACCGGUAUCGAUGCCUUGAAGUCGCACAUCUCAGCUGCCCGUCAGAUUGCGGGCAUCCUCCGCACCUCCCUGGGACCCCGUGGGCUGGACAAGCUCAUGGUGUCUCCGGACGGUGAUGUGACAGUCACUAACGAUGGAGCCACCAUCCUGAAGCUGAUGGAUGUAGAGCACCAGAUCGGCAAACUGCUGGUACAGUUGGCGCAGAGUCAGGACGAUGAGAUCGGUGAUGGUACUACCGGAGUUGUUGUGUUGGCUGGAGCCCUAUUGGAACAGGCAUCCAACCUCCUCGACAAGGGUAUCCACCCGAUCCGUGUAGCGGAUGGCUUUGAAAUGGCCGCUGCCACCGCACUGGCUAACUUGGAGAGCAUCAGCGAAGCCUUCCCCGUCAACAAGGAUACCAGGGAGCACCUGAUCAAGGUUGCCAUGACAACGCUGGGCAGUAAAGUAGUUGUCAAGUGCCACCGUCUGAUGGCUGAGAUUGCGGUCGAUGCUGUUCUCUCGGUAGCGGACUUGGAGAAAAGGGACGUGAACUUCGAGCUGAUCAAGGUGGAAGGCAAGGUCGGAGGCCGCAUGGAGGACUCCAUGCUGGUCAAGGGAGUCGUCAUCGACAAGACCAUGAGCCACCCGCAGAUGCCUAAGACUUUGAGGGACGUGAAGCUAGCCAUCCUGACCUGUCCGUUUGAGCCGCCGAAGCCCAAGACGAAGCACAAGCUGCACGUGGGCUCCGCGGACGAGUACCGCGAGCUGCGCCAGUACGAGCACGACAAGUUCUUGGAGAUGGUGCACAAAGUUAAGGAUGCCGGUGCAACCCUCGCCAUCUGCCAAUGGGGCUUCGAUGACGAGGCGAACCACCUUCUCCUGGCCGAAGGUCUGCCAGCAGUGAGAUGGGUGGGAGGUCCAGAGAUGGAGCUCAUCGCCAUCGCCACCGGUGGACGCAUCGUGCCGCGGUUCGAGGAGCUCACUCCUGACAAACUCGGCUCCUGUGGACUGGUCAGGGAACUGACGUUCGGUACGUCCAAGGAGGAGAUGUUGGUGAUUGAGGAGUGCUCGAACAGUCGCGCGGUGACGGUACUGAUGCGCGGCGGGAACCGCAUGAUCGUGGACGAGGCCAAGCGCUCCGUGCACGACGCGCUCUGCAUCGUGCGCAGUCUUGUGCAGGACUCCCGCGUGGUGUACGGCGGCGGCGCGGCGGAGAUCUCGUGCUCGCUGGCCGUGGCGCGCGCCGCCGACAAGGUGUCGUCGCUCGACCAGUACGCAUACAGGGCCUUCGCAGACGCACUCGAGGCCAUACCGCUCGCACUCGCAGAGAACAGUGGUCUAUCCCCCAUCGACACGCUGUCGGAGGUGAAGUCGCGCCAGGCGUCGGAGAACAACCCCAACCUUGGUAUCGACUGCAUGGGCAAAGGAUCAAAUGACAUGAAAGCAAUGAACGUGAUAGAGUCACUUCACUCAAAGAAGCAGCAGAUUUCACUCGCGACGCAACUCGUCAAGAUGAUACUCAAAAUUGACGACGUGCGCUCACCGGCCGACUCUAUUGAGUAAAAGUAUUAUUUCCUAAUCUUAUAUAUCUAUGAUCUUUUAUAAUAAUACGCCUAACUAUAGUCCCGUUAUGUAUGCAUAAUUAUAUUUACCAAAACAUCAUUACUUAGGUAUUGUCCAGUCAACUGAUGGUAGCGGUGACUGUCCAGGCGACACACGUACUUAGGUAUCGUCAUGAGCUAAUGUUCACAUGUAAACAGCAGCUCAUGUAGUGUGGAGAUUGUCCAGUCGACUGAUGACUGCUGAAACAUAUUUGGAGAUAUUUAUGCAUAUGUAAAUGACUGGUAUAAUAGUUAUUUUUAAUAUUUGGAGCUUGGUCGUGUAAGUUCAGUUUGAUAUUUGUUCAAACGGACAAUAAAACAGGAAUAAUUUAGUCUGUGUUAUAAAACAGAUGCAUUUUAUGCUAACAAUCACAAAUUGUACAUAUUUUCGUAAUAUGAACAUACAACUUAUUAGAAUAUUUGUUUUAUUUUAAAUACCUUCAAAUAGAUGGAUGCGCUAGAUAUCCUAAGAGCUUUCUGUCUGUCUCAAAAUUAAUUUUAUUUGUGUCGCCAUUUUAUCGGCGUAUGUUCGUUGACAGUUUUGUAAUUUGGAAUGCUGGUAGUGGUAUAAUUUUGUAGAUUUUCUUUAUAAUACAUAAGUAAAAUACAUGUCACCUUCAACAGUCGCUGGCAAAGGAUGUCUUGUGACUGAUAAAUAAUUGAUGAUGUAAAAAAAUUGUCAAUUUUAGUGAUCUUAUUCAUAGUAAACCUAUUCCCAGUGUUAUAUUUUUCAUACUAAACUACCACAAAGUGUAAAGUUCGAUAAUUCACUGGUUGACAUGACGCUGGGAUGCAUAACGCAUGAUAGUUCACAUUGUAUUGGUGACUCGAUGUCUAUACUUCCUAAUGUUAUAUAAAGCUGAAGAGUUUGUUUGUUUCAAUGCUUAUCUACGAAACUGCUGGUUCAAAUCGAAUAAUUCUAUGUGUGAAGGCUAUAUAGGCUAUAAAACAUCACACUACGACCAAUAGGAGCCGAGCAGUGGGAGUAGCGUUUGUAAAGAAAGUCGUACCAAAAUUAUACCAAUAUCAGCGUUUUAAGUUGGAUAAUAUUUCAAUUGAAUGUAACAGUAAUGUUAUUUUAAUUAUAUUAUGUAAGUCAAUGCAUUUCACUGGAUGCGAGUGGUUAUACCAAACGUGAAGGAUGCCUUAUUGCACUAAUAAAAUAAUAAGCUAAUUUA